AUGGCUGAACAAAGAACACUAAGACAGCUUGCUGCUCCUGAUGUUAAUUACAAUGGUCUAUGCAUUCAAUAUACUGACGUUGAUAUUCCUUUUGAAUUGAAAUCUGGUUUGAUACAGUUGUUGCCCAAGUUUCAUGGUCUUGCACGUGAGGAUCCGCAUAAGCAUUUGAAGGAAUUUCAGGUAGUUUGUUCUACACCAUUGAGGCCUGAAGGUAUAACAGAGGAUCAUAUCAAGCUUAGAGCCUUUCCAUUCUCGCUCCAGGGUGCUGCCAAAGAUUGGUUGUACUAUCUUGAGCCGAAUUCUAUCACAACUUGGAAUGAUUUGAAGAAGGUCUUUCUAGAGAGAUACUUUCCCGCUUCUAGAGCUGCGUUAAUCAGAAAAGAAAUAUGCGGCAUUAGGCAGGGAAACGAAUCAUUGGCAGAAUACUGGGAAAGAUUCAAGCAGCUAGUUUCUAGUUGUCCUCAACACCAGAUCACCGAGCAAUUACUCAUCCAGUAUUUCUAUGAGGGGUUGCUACCAAUGGAUAGAAACAUUUUGGAUGCUGCUAGUGGUGGAGCACUUGUUGAUAAAACUCCUGCUGCUGCAAAGGCCUUGAUCGAGAACAUGUCACUCAACUCGCAACAGUUUACAACUAGAAAUAAUUCUGCAAGUGUGAAUGAGGUUCAGUCUUCCUCUCCUUCCAUCAAGGCGCUCGAAACCAAGUUUGAUGCUAGAAUUGAUGAACUUACUUCCUUGGUGAAACAGUUGGCAGUUAAUAGACCUCAAACAGCUAAAGUGUGCGGCAUUUGUACUUCUCCUGAACAUCCAACCGACACAUGUCCUAUUCUGCAAGAUGAAACAAUAACUGAGCUACCUCAAGCAUAUGCAGCAGCAGCAGCCCUUUACAAUCAGAACAGGUACAACAAUCCUGACCUCUACACCAACCAGUAUCAUCCUAGUUGGAGGAAUCAUCAAAACCUCAGAUACGGUAAUCAGUCAUAG